UUAAUUGGCAAAGUGCAGAUCGUCGUCUAUCACCAACGAGGACGAACAAGGAGUAAGGGCACAACAGGGACCGGUGGCGCACGAUCGAAAGUGAAGUGACAAAAUUAACUGACUGAUAGUGUGUAGGAACUGAACAAACAUAUCGAGUGAAUUAUUUGUGCCAAAACAACACCCGCACUUCGACGAUCCUUGCUGGAGGUUUUGUCAUAGGCAAUGAAAGCUUUACUAAUUUGCGCAUUGGCCUGCGCGGCCUUGAGCGGUGUUCUGAGUGCGUCUAUCAUUCGGGUAGGUCGAGAAGAUACAGUGCCUAUUAUUGAGGAGCAAAUUAAAGAGGAACUGGUGGCCGAAAUUCAAAAGGACGAGAUCCCAGUUGCUGUCGAAGAAGAACCCGCCAAGGUAAUCAUCGAUGAUGCGGUUGUACCUUUGGAGAAUCAACGUUCUGCCGUUGACGUUGUCGAAGUCGUCGAGCCGGUAGCAGUCGAAAAGGUUGUCGUCGUCGAGGAACCAGUGGCCGUUGUCGAGCAAGAAGUUGUAGAAUCUCUACGUAGCGUUUCACCGGUGGUUGCCGUUGAAGAGCCAGCCGUUGUUGUCAAGGAGGCAGAAGUUGUGGCCGAACCAAUUGUCGAAGAUAAGGUAGUUGUACCAAUCGAAUCGGCUCGCAAUGCUGAACCGGUGGUUGAAGUUGCCGAACCAGUGGUGCCAGUCGUGGAGGAAUUGAAACAAGAAAGCGAACCAGCAGAGGUCGUAGGAGCGCUACGAAGUGCUCUUCCGGUGGUUGAUGAGGAAACACCUGCGGUUGCUGUUGUUGAAAGCGAAAAACCCGCCGAAAUUAAGGAAGAAACUGUUGCUCCUGCUGUAAGGACCGUUGCUGAGGUUAUCAUGGAUAAAGCUGAUGCUUUGGAAGAAAGCGUCGCCGUCAAGGAUGCAGAAGUUGCUCCUGUAGAAUUGCUGAAGAGCGUUCAACCAGUUGUUGUGGUGGAUGAGCCAGUGGCUAUCGUUGCUGAGGAACCCAAAGAAGAAACCGUUCAGAAUGUCGAAUCUCUCCGAAGCGCUCUGCCCGAACCAGUUAAGCCUCUCGCAGAAGUUGUCGCAGAAGUACAAGCUGUUGAAGCUGUCCAAGCUGCCCAACCUAAUACCGUUGUUGAACCGGAGCCAGAACUUAGGAGUGUUGUCACCGAAGAGAAGGUUGUCGCCGAAGAGAAAGUUGUCGCCGAAGAGAAGGUUGUCGCUGAAGCAGAGGUUGCUCCAGUUGAAUCUCUAAGAUCCGCUGCUCCAGUUGUGGCUGUUGAGGAACCAGUUGCAGUUGCAGCUCAAGAGCCGGAAAUGGUUGCCGAAAAAGUUGCAGAACCAGUAGCUGCGGUUGAAGACGUAGUUGCAGAUGAAGCGCCCGCCCCGGCUGUUGCGAACGAUGAAAUUCCAGCUCCUGAAAUUCCUGCUCCAGAAACACCAGCCGCAGCCGACGCUACUGUGCUCGCUGAUGACAAAGUUCCAGUUCCGGAGAUUCUCGUGGAAGAGAAAGUAAUUGCCCCAGUUGAAUCUUUGCGUUCAGCUCUUCCGGUGGCUGCAGUAGAAGAGCCUGCUGUGGUUAUUACCGAAGAGAAAGCAGCCCUUCCAGCCGUUGAGAAUGAAGUUGUGCCAGUGAUCAAAGCAAUAGUCGAGGAAAAAAUAGUCGAACAAGAGCCUGCGAUGGAUGUUGGCGCGGUCCGAUCCGUCCCCGUUGUGGAAGAAGUCGCCCCAGUGCAGGAAGUCGAACAGGAGCCAUCCGAUGUUGUUCGUGCCAUUGAAGUCAAACAAGAUGCUGCCACAACCGCUCGUCCCAACCUCAUCCAGCAGAUCAUUCAACCGGUGAACAACUUGAUCCAAAACAGUCCCCUGGGACCAAUCUUGAACCGCGGAUCAACAACUGCCGCUCCAGCAGCCGCUGAAAAUUUGAACACUGGAGAAAUUGCUGCCGCUGCGCAGGAUGAAGCUGCUGGAGCGACCACAGCUGCCCCUAACGUAUUCCAACAGAUUGGUCAGAACAUCCAGAGCUUAUUGAGCCCAAGCUCUCAAAACGCCCAGACUACUGACAGUAGCACUACGGCACGACCCAACAUUAUCCAGCAGGUUCAGAAUGCUGUCGGAUCAGUAUUCAACCGUCCGUCCAGCAACUCCGAACAACAGCCAGCACAGGCCGCAGGACCUAUCCAAAGUUUGGUACAAAACGUUCAGAACUUUUUCCGACCACCGGGUUCCUCUACAGCCGCUCCAGAAGGGGAUGCGCCUCCACUUGCCGCCGAAGAUGCCCCUUCCGCCUCAGCCGAACUCGCGGGAAACCAAACAGCUUAGAAAAAUUACUCUUAAGCGUACUCUAACUAGGGACUCUGUAUUUUGUUUUAGCCAUACGUCUCACAUACACACUCAGCGAGAGUAAAAUUAAAAUUCCUUUCUUUUUCUAAGGAAUCAUAUGGUUUUAACGGAAACUUAUCAAGUCAUAUCAUUUCGUUUGUAGCGACGACAAAUUAUUUUUUUUCGAUAAAACUUUUUUUCUCUCCCUCCUGGGGACUGCUGGGUAGGCUCGUUUCGUUUAGUUCCCGCCUCCAUUGGGCGUGAAAGUUUUCGACCGAGAGCAUCCAGCUUGCAGAAGGUGCAGAGAAAGGAGAUGCUUUUAUCCGUAAUUUAUUUAUUUUUUUUUAUUGGAACGAAACGACAUAUUUAUUAAAAAUGUGAUUCUCAAAUGAAAAGCAUCGACAAAAGCACAGACAAAAGACACUACUGCCAAUCUAUCAAGAAAAAGCAAACAAAAAAGAGAAAAUGUUUGUAAAAAAGCCGAAAAAAAUAAUAAAACAAAA